AUGGUUCCCCACCAAAAAACCGCAACCACCGGGAUGUCGAGCUUUACAAUGACUAUCUACGUAAUGUUCGACGGCGACACACCCUUGGACGCCUUCCCCAUCACCAUCGAAUCCACCGAGACCAUUAACCACCUAAAGAAAUCCAUCAAGAGUCAGUGUUCUCACGUUCUGCGUGACAUCAAUGCCCAGAAGCUGAACCUCUGGCACGUUUCGAUUCUGAUCCCUUUUGCCCCUGGAGGACGUGAACGAGAGCCUGUUUGA